AUGGGCUGUGCCAUGGGCUGUGCCACGGGCCAGGCUUACGAAAAGGCCCGCCAAGCUGCCGUAGCAGCCGAGGAAGCGGCACAGGCAGCCCGGGAAGCUGCAGAGAAAGAGGAACAGCUGGGAGAGGGUGAAGAUGAAGAUGGCGAGGAGAAGGCCGAGGGCAAAGCCGAAGGAGAGGAGAAGCCGGAAGGCGAAGCCGAGAAGCCAGAGGCCGAAGAAGAGAAGAAGGAAGGGGUGAAUGGCGUGAAGUACCUUGCAGAAUUCUCGUAUGAUCAUCAGGGAUGCCUCAUUUGUUGCGAAGAGCGACCCAAGUAUGUGGCUGUGGGCCACUGUGGGCAUGGCGAAGUCUGCUGGAUCUGUAUCAUCAGGCUUCGCACCCUCAUGAAGGACAUCAACUGUCCGGUCUGCAAAGUACCCAUCACACAGAUGGCAAUCACGCCAGAUGGUCGAAUACCGGCGCGAAAUGCUCCCAAAGAUGAAAAGCUUGGGCUUGUUUACAGCAACGCCUCCGUGCGCGAGGAUGUAGAAGGAUUGUUCGAUUAUCGCUGCUGGCAGAGAAGCUGUGUGGAGAAGGACGAGUGCUUCCCUACCCUGGAGGCACUUCAACGCCACGUAGAGCAAGUGCAUCGACGUCGCUUUUGUUCGACAUGUUUGCGAGGACGCAAAGCCUUCCUCUUUGAGCAACUGCUCUACUCGCCGGAUGACUUGCGGAGACAUCACGAAGACGAAGACAUGUCGGAUGAGGAGUUGGAGCAGCUCGAUGCGCUGGUGGCUGUGAGAGUACGCAGCUUGAUUGAGAGAUACAAUGGGCGGCACGCCAAAACGUCAGAAGAUCUCAUCAAUCUUGAUGAACGCAAGCGGCCAAUCCAGAAGGGCAAAGGUAAGUACAAACAGUGGUUGCCCGCAGCUCUUCUCAGAGUUUGCUGGGGCGUGAGACCAGAGCGCAGACCCAGGAGGAAGCGCGUGCCAACCGCGAGGCUGCGCAAAAAGAGCAGUGUUUCGGCUGCCAGCCAGAAGCGAGCUCCUCCUGCUGUGGCGGUUGCUUCCCUUCGCGAGACAGCCCGGCAGAACCAGUCUAGCACAACACACGUGGCCCGGAUCCGACAUGCGAUGUCAGAACUUUUCAUGCGUGUUCAGGAGCAGGAACUCAACAUGUUGCCGCGUGUUCAGGAGCAGUGGAUAGAGAUUGCAUUUGACGAGACCCAGGAGCCAGUAUCCAUGCAGACAACUGCAGAAACGGCUCAAGUCAUGGUGCUUCACAUGAAGUUUUUUCGGCUGCCAGCCCGGGGCGCAAAACUUCACGUGUUCAGAGUGGUGUUGCCCACCGCGGUGCUGCCAGGCACGACCACUGCCGACCUCCUCGGUGGCUUGUUGGCACGCGUCCCCGUAGCUUUGGAGCAGCUCAAAGCCGUCGCUGAUAGAACCACCUUCUUGUUGAACACUGACAGUUUCGGCAGCUGCCUAAAGUUGGUGAAGUGUUUGCAAACAAGUCAUGCCUGCCUGAGCUGUCCGUGCCGUAUGCACCAGUUGUGCUUGUCAAUGACGGCAAGCAUUGCUCAAUCCGGCUUGAUGGCAUCCCUGUUUUGCAGUGCGCUGCUGCUGCGGAGGUCACGCUUGCAGAAAACGCUCCGUGCCAGACUGAAGCGCUUGGUGUUUGAGAAACUCCGCAUCGAGUACGAGCCGCCCAGCUCUUCGGCUGUCAGCCAUGCCAGAGCAGUGUGGGACUUGAUUUGGCCUUUGAUUCAAGCGCGGCACGACAAGGACAAGCGCGUCACCACUCCAAGAGCCCAGGCAUGGCGCAGGCUGCGCAAAAACCUUUGUGGCCCCUUGGAUGACACGACCAGUGUGGUGCAUUACUGUCCAUACGGAUGUCACCACUCCAGGGAUGAGGCGGCUUCAGAGAUCUUUGAGGACUUGUGCGUUGUCUUCCUGGACUCCCCGCCUGUGGUGCCGGCUCUGAACAAGUGGACAAAGCUCGCCCCGCCGGUGAUGUGGUUUUCUUGCUUCCUGCAGGUUCAUGGUUUGCUCGCCCAGUGCUUGCAGCCGAUGAUAGAUGCAAAUGCUGCAAACGUGUCGCUACCGGUGCUGUGUGGGGAUGAGGAGAUCGAGCAAGACACAGAGGAGCAAGGGUGCGGUUUCGGAAACUUCGAAAAGGAAGAGGCCGCAAGGUUUCGGAAGUUUGCUCGGUUCGCCACCUGCCCAGAAGUAGGGCCCAAACUGGCGGCGACGCUGCUCUCAUUGCUCCCAGGUCUAUCUAUCAUGGGAAAAUUCUUCGACUCUGCGGAGGAGUGUGCUGACCCAAGCACAAGUCAUGCAGCAACCACCCUGAGUUUCACUCAGGCUUCGCAGUCGCCUGCUGUCAGCACGAUUGAAGUUUUGCUGUCUGCCUUGUCCUCUGAACAGAGCUCGCACUGGCUGUCACUGUGCCUUCCGGGUUCUGCAGGCUGGGAUGCCAGAAGGUUCCAAUGUGCAGCAACACCAGCAUGGGUGCAGGUUGGCCAGUUGUACUCCAGGUUGGUGAUGCCUUUCAGUGCAUGGCCUUUCAAGGCAGGCCGCAUGCUGGAGCCAGGCGUCUCCCGCCAAACGCAAGAGGCCUUGGCGAAGGAGUUGUUGGGGUUGUGCGAGCACCGCGACCUGUACAUUUCCUUCAUGAAGCAAGGCUUGGAGGAGGUCGACGACGUGCUGUCCCCUGACAACUUACUGCGAAUGAAGCACCUUCUGGAGGUUGCUCCUGUGACAAACAUUGUGAGCGAAAAGUCAUUCGCAGGUUCCCACACCCGCCGAAUGGCGGAUCACGGUCAAAGUCCGAAGUUGCCAACGCUGGCUGCGCAACAUGUGUUGGCCCAUAGCAAAAGUAUUUUGGACAGCGAGGUUUGUAGGCAGACUUCCGGCUGUCAGCCAGCAGUUUCGGCUGUCAGCCAUGAAACGGCAGAAGCAGGGACCAAGACCAACAGCAACGGCUGGUCUGAGUUCCUGCGCGCCAACCAUGCAACUGGUCAGAGCAUGCGGUCGUUAGCCGACAAGUGGGGGGCGCUCAGCCGUGACGAGAAGGCUACGUUCACUGCUGCAGCCAAGACGCGGCGACCGCCAGCCUCACCGCAGCUGGCGCCGCCGCCACAGCUGGCGCCGCCAGCGCAGCAGGCGUUGCCCAGAAGACCUCCUGCUUCUACUAGUACUGCCUGGCCUCACUGUGGAGACGACUUCUACCCAUUGCGCCAAGAGGGCUUGGAUGGCAUGGCUGGAGCAGUCCGCUCCCUAGCUGCCAACUGGGUGCAGCGUGUAGGGGAUGGCCCAUGCAAGCCUGCCCAGGCAGUUGUUGAGGACUGCGGAGCUUGGUGUCGCGGCCAAGUUUGCUUCAAAAAGCUGAGUGACUCUCGCCAGCAGGCUUUGGAGUACAUGCGUGUGAAGCUGAACCGAUUCGCUGCCUUCUGCAAGGAGAAAGCACCUGUCUUCGACGACAUGUGGCAGAUCCUCCCGGUUUUGCAUGUGAACGUGCGAAAUCCGGCUGGCGCCGGCACCAGUGCAGACCGACCCUGCGGUGUCACCUUGCUGCAGCUCUGCCCGCUGCACGACUCGCAAGUGUUCUGCUUGUCUGAGAAAUCCGACAUACCAGCUGUGGGCACUGUGCUGGAGUUUCAGCCCGACUUGUGCAACUUGCGAGGAGCAGUCGAGGUUAUGCAACUCUGCGCAUCAUUGCAGCCGCAGCAGUCGAUGGACGGUUUUGCAGACUCUGUGCAAUGUUUGCGCCUGCGCUGCGAGCACCAGGGUUUGACGACUUUGAGAGUCACCGCCAUUGAGGACAUGGCAGGCAUGGAAGCAGAAGCAGCACACAGAAGAAGACGCGACAAGGAUGCCGCCAAAGUCGCAGCAGCUCUUUCGCGGCUGGAUGAUGCUGCGCUGCUGCAGCCGAAGCGCCGACGCAUUACUUCCAAGCGAGCAGAUACAACGCAUCAACCAAAGCGGCACGUUAUCCCUGCGCAAUCUUCCGGCUGUCAGCCAGAGGCAGGGGCUAGCGAAGAUGCUGAGCAACAACAAGAAUUGUGUGAGUGGGAUGAGGAACUAGAUGCAAGCGCAGUGGCUGCAAAUGGUGCGGAUGCGUACGCGGCCCUGGAGCAAGAAAUUUUGGAAGUGGGUGCGUCCGCCGAGCACUUAGUGGAGAUGAGAGAAGCGUCAGCGGCAGAUGGACGCGAGGCAUUGCAAGAACGCGGGGAGAAUGGGCCUGCUCAAGUCGGGCAGACGGUGCAACAAGCAGCGAGACUUGUGCGCAUGGACCCUGCGACUGGUCGUGUUUUCCGCACCGACACUGAGCCCAACCAGUAUAUAGGAAGGAUGACGCAGAUCAAAGUCAACACACCGCAGGAGGCCUUUUCCGUUUACUGUUCGCUUCACGGCUGUCAGAUCAUGCGCGGCAUCCGCCGUUGCCCAUCAACAGACGAACUCCUGCGAUGGUUCGAAGAGGGCCUGCAGUUGCCCAAAGGCAAAGACGCUGCGGUGCAAAGAAAACACAAAAGUUCGUUCCCUGAAGCCGAGCCAUCGGCGUGA